AUUUCUAACAUAUUGAUAUCCCUAUUUUAAGACUAGCAGUACUUUAUUUAUUAUUCGUCGUAAAAAUCACACGAUAUAGAAAUUAUAAAAUACCAAAAGAGAAAUUGAAAAAUUGAGAAAUAUUUAAUUUAUAAUAAAAAUAACAAGUAAAAUUAAAAUAUACAUUUACUUUAUUCAGAUAUAGCUUGCAUGCAACAAUACUAAAAUUUCAUAUGGCUGUAGUAUUUAUCAACAAAUAACUUAAAAUUACGUUCUGAAACUGAAUUUUAUCUAUCAAAAAUAUACAAUGGAAAUAAUAAUUUACAAAUUUAAUGUGUUAUUAAAUAUGAUGUAUCAAAGCAUAUCGCGUUUUAUUUAAAUGUGAUCGUCUUUUGACGAAAAGUUAGGUUAGAAAAAGGUAAAGGAUGGAUUGAGUGAGAAAGUUUGUGAUUAUUUUUGUAAAGUUUGUGAAAUUUAAAUUAAUUUAAGUGACAUUUAUAAAAAAUGUUUUUACACAUUCGUCGAACAUUAUCGUUAUUCUUAGUGACUAGAAAUACAUUCGUAUCUAAUGUAAAGAAUAGAAGUACAUUCGUAUCUGAUGUAAAGAAUAUGAAGCAAAACACAUCUGAAAUAUGUUGGAACUAUUUCAUAAGUAAUUAUGAAAAUACAUUAGUUCAGUCCAAUAUUAUAUCAAAAGAAAUAUGGGAAAAUGUAAGAAAAUAUAUAAUGAAAUUAGAAAAUGAUCCAUUAUCUGCUGAUUUUGUUAUUCUAAAUAUGUUUCAACAAAAGAAUUACCCAGAUGCUGGAAUGUCUUAUUACAGAUUUUUAGAGAAUAAUAAUUAUAAUAUUACAGUGCCUUUAAUUACUAAAUAUUUGCAGUGUUUGGAUCAAAAAAGUAAUCUUUCAGAAACAGAUAAAGAACAUAUCUUAAGUUUGUAUAAUGAUGUUGCAAGUAAAUAUACUUCAUUUAAUGAAAAUCUUAGCAAUGUUUUUAUUUCAUGCUUAUGUAAAAUAGAUAAUUGGAAAGAAGCUGUUAAUAUUAUAAAAAAGCAUGAAGAACAUAAUAAAAGUUUUCUUCACUAUGGAUAUAGUUCAUUAAUUUCAUACUUUUUUGAUCAUGGAAAAGAAGAAUUAGGAUUUGAAUAUCUAAAUAAUAGCCUAAAGUAUAAUGAAGGUCCUUUAGAUAUUGCAUACAGUUCAUAUUUGAAACAUUGUUUAAAAGAGAAAAAUACAUUCAAUAAUAAAGUUGAGAAGUUAUUUUCAUUGUGGAAUAAAUAUGCUAUUAAACCUACUGAAAAUAUUGUACAGGAAUAUAUGAAUGCAUGUAUUGAACAAGGUUGGUCCGUUAAUACAACAAAGAUAUUCAGGUUAUUAUGUCAGAAUUGUAAACAAAAGUUAUCACAACUAAAUUUAUCUAACGAGGAAUAUGAAUAUUUGCUUAAAGCUACAAAGGAACAAUUAAUUUUCACUAAGAUGUAUUAUGUAACUAUACCAGAGGAAAUACAAUCAUACAUGAAGUUUAUUGAUAAAAAUAAACCAUAUGACAUUAUUUUAGAUGGACUAAAUUUUAUGUAUCAUAUUAAAUAUAAUAAUCAGUUAGAAACUAAAUUUAUGAAGAUGUUCAAAUCUCUUAAAAGACAAAAUAAAAAGAUACUGAUCAUUGGAAGAAAACACAUGAAGAAAUACGUACAACAAAUGGGUCUGAAAAUUGCAGAUUGUUACUAUGUUGCAGAUAGUUCGAAAGAUGAUUUAUUCAUAUUAUAUGCGGCAUUUGCUAGCGGAGAAAAUGCUAAAAUUAUUACUAAGGACUUCUUGCGUCAACAUAUAUUUGCUCUGAAACAGCAAGACAUCAAGUUAAAUGGCCUCUUCAAGAAAUGGCAAUUAUCGCACCAACUAGUUUUUAAUAAACAAGGCUAUUCGCAAUUAAAUGAGCAUACAAUUUUCGACGCGAUUGUUCAAAAGCAAAAAAAUUACUGGCAUGUACCAUAUUUUAAACGUAAUACAGCAUCUCAAAUGAGGCAUACAAGUGUUAAUGAUUGGAUGUGUUUUAAAAUGAAUGAAUAAAAUGAUAUAUAUUUGUAAGCUAUUUUUCAACUUUUUAACAUUUUUAUGAAACUUCGUGAAUUUGUAUGACAAAUUGUACCUAUUUCAGUUUCUUUUAAAUAUCAAUUAACAUAAAAAUCAUAA